UAUCUAUCAACUUGUGAAGUAGCUGGUGUUGUCCCAGCUUCUUAUUUUGUUCGUCACAUCACAGAGAACGAUGUUUGUAUGAGAUUUCAUGGUUUAGGUCCACAAGGUGUCAAAGCCAUGUGUGUUCCUUUGAAGACCAACAGUAAAAUAGAGAAGUUAGAUCUUGAAGGUAACGAUAUGGAAGAAUUAGGUUGUGUUAGUCUAUCUGAUAUGUUAAAAGAAAAUAUAUACAUCACAAAACUAGUUUUAUCCAAUAACAGAAUUGGUAAUGAUGGUAUUAUAACAUUAUGUAAGAUAUUUAAAAAAAAUGAUUCUGUACUGUCUUUAGAUGUAUCAGGGAAUGACCUUACUGAUAUUUCAGCGUAUCACAUAACUGAAAUGUUGCAGAAAAAUACCUCACUAAAACACUUGUAUCUAAGUCAUAAUAGUUUUGAAGAGAGGGGUGCUGAGGAUUUUUACGAGGCUUUGUCUCAAAAUGAAGCCUUAGAGACAUUAGAUUUAAGUUGGAAUAGAUUUAGAACUAAAGGUGCAAUAUGUAUAGCUGAAGGUAUACAGGAGAAUUAUGGUUUAAAGUGCAUCAAUCUGUGUAUGAAUGGUUUUGGUGCUGAUGGUGCCAGUGCUAUGGGAAAAGCAUUAAAAGUAAACAGGACGUUACAAGAUUUAGAUUUAUGUUUUAAUCGUAUUCCCGAUAGUGGUGUUGAAGAUAUUGGUAUUGGAUUACAGACAAAUGAUGUCCUGAAAUCUUUAAAGAUUGGCUCUAAUCCAUUUGGUGGUGAAUCAGCAUUGUUUUUGUUAAAAUCUCUUGAUAAAAAUGACAGUAGUGCUUUAAAAUAUCUGGAAAUG